AUGCCGGCCAUUCCCCAGAGCGACAGACGCCUCGAAGAUGCUAAAGCGCUCCUUUCUCCGGUCUUUCCCUUCCGAGAAUGUCAAGCAAAUCAAUUAAGCGUCGAAGCCUCUUGGGUCUUGGGAAAAGAAUACGUAUAUAUGUCAUUAGACUACUUUACUCCUGAAGUCCUUGAAGCACACACGCUCCUGAAGUGGUGCUCAUGUUCGUGCAUGAUCUGUGUCAUGAAUUUUCCUUCUCAUGUUCGACUGUCCCCGUUCCCGUUCUCCUCGUUCAUGUGUAGUUGCUCCAAGUGGAACGUAGCAACGCCGCUGCCGAACUACUCGCUCACACCAUCCACAUCCACGAAUCCAAAGGCCAGCAGGAAAGCCAUCCGCCCUACGCUCCUCCGGGACUGGGUUCCAGCUCCAUGCCCCGCCAAAGGCCCUCUUGGAAUGCCCCUCUUGGAAUGCCCCGCCAAAGGCCCUCUUGGAAUGCCCCUCUUGGAAUGCCCUCUUGGAACGCCAAAGCCCUCUUGGAAUGCCCCUCUUGGAAUGCCCCUCUUGGAAUGCCCCGCCAAAGGCCCUCUUGGAAUGCCCCUCUUGGAAUGCCCUUUGGAAUGCCCCUCUUGGAAUGCCCCUCUUGGAAUGCCCGCCAAAGCCCUCUUGGAAUGCCCUCUUGGAAUUGCCCGCCCCCUCUUGGAAUGCCCGCCAAAGGCCCUCUUGGAAUGCCCCGCCAAAGGCCCUCUUGAAAUGCCCCGCCAAAGGCCCUCUGGAAUGCCCCGCCAAAGGCCCUCUUGGAAUGCCCCGCCAAAGGCCCUCUUGGAAUGCCCCGCCAAAGGCCUCUUGGAAUGCCCCGCCAAAGGCCCUCUUGGAAUGCCCCGCCGCCCUCUUGGAAUGCCCGCCGCCCUCUUGGAAAUGCCCGCCAAAGGCCCUCUUGGAAUGCCCCGCCAAAGGCCCUCUUGGAAUGCCCCGCCAAAGGCCCUCUUGGAAUGCCCCUCUUGGAAUGCCCCGCCAAAGGCCCUCUUGGAAUGCCCCGCCAAAAUUGGAAUGCCCCGCCAAAGGCCCUCUUGGAAUGCCCCGCCAAAGGCCCCUCUUGAAUGCCCCGCCAAAGGCCCUCUUGGAAUGCCCCCGCCAAAGGCCCUCUUGGAAAAGGCCCCUUGA